GCCCGAUUUCUAAGCAGCUGUUAAAUCAUCAUUCUUCCUAUAUCGACGACAAACCCAAUACCAUGGAUAUCUAACUAUACAUCUACAACGACCAGCUCGCCGACUACAACGACACCUACCUACAGUCACAUUCACGAUAUACCAACAUACACCCAAAACCAACAUCGUUGCGCGACCGACCUAGCUCCGCUAGCCAAAUCUUCAAAAUGGCUCCCUCCCUCGAGGCCGAGCCCGAGUCCGUCGCCUCCGUCCUCGCCAACCCUCAAAAGCCCCAACUCGUCGCUCCCGAACCCGAACACUGUCCUGGCCCCGAAUCCCAACAAGCCGGCACCGCCGACUCCUGCGCCGGGUGUCCGAACCAAGCCAUCUGCGCCACCGCACCCAAAGGUCCCGACCCCGACAUCCCUUUGAUCACCGCGCGUCUAUCGGGCGUCAAGCACAAGAUCUUGAUCCUCUCCGGAAAGGGCGGCGUCGGCAAGUCCACAUUCACCAGUCUACUAGCGCACGCCUUUGCGACGAAUGCCGAACAAACUGUGGGCGUAAUGGAUACCGAUAUCUGCGGCCCUUCCAUACCGAAAAUGUUGGGCGUAGAGGGUGAGACGAUUCAUGUGUCCAGCACGGGCUGGAGUCCAGCAUGGGCAAUGGAUAAUCUAGCUGUCAUGAGCAUCCAGUUCAUGCUGCCGAACCGCGACGACGCGAUUAUUUGGCGCGGGCCCAAGAAAAACGGGCUGAUCAAGCAGUUUCUGAAGGAUGUGGAAUGGGGCGAUUUGGACUUCCUGCUGGUGGAUACGCCGCCCGGCACGUCGGAUGAGCACUUGAGCGUGAACACGUACCUGAAAAAGAGCGGGAUUGAUGGCGCUGUGAUGGUUACCACGCCGCAGGAAGUGUCCCUGUUGGAUGUCAGGAAGGAGAUUGAUUUUUGCCGGAAGGCGGGGAUCAAGGUGUUGGGACUGGUGGAGAAUAUGAGCGGGUUUGUGUGCCCCAAGUGCACGCACGAGAGCGAGAUCUUUAAGGCAACGACAGGUGGCGGGAGGAAGCUUGCGGAGGAGAUGGGGAUUGCGUUUUUGGGGAGCGUGCCGCUUGAUCCGAGGAUUGGCAUGGCGUGCGAUUAUGGCGAGAGCUUCUUUGAUAGCUUCCCGGAUAGCCCGGCGUGUAGGGCCUUGAAGGGGGUGGUCAAGGGGCUGGCGACGGAGAUGGGAUUGGAUCCGGAGGUCGUGAUGCCGGAGGAGGAUGACGCUUGAGCGAAGUAAUGGCCAUAGCAUGGGCGGAGUUCAGGGACUGCUUUUUGGCUUUGUAAGGCUGGGAUAUCACGGCGUUUAUAUAACGAGAAGAUCAUGAAUGAUCCAGAAUCUGGCUGUACUUUGCCUUCCAUUCCAAAUGGCCUCC